CGACCGAUUGCGUCGUACGCCUCUGGGGUGUGGGUGCCGCCGACCGCACCCGCACGGGCACCCCAAACCCAACCCAACUCCCACCCGCCGGCCGCAAUAUCCCAUCCCAUCUCCUCCCCGCCGGUCGCCUCGUCUCCUCGCGUCGCGUCCACUCCCCGACCCCAAGUCCAACGCCUCUCCCACCUUCCUCCUCCACCAAACCGGAGGAGGAAACCCCUCCAACUCCAAGAAGAGGAAGAGGAAGCGAACUCGGAUCCGCGCCCUCCGAAUCUCGCCGCCGCCGCAGGAUCGCCGUCAAACCCUAAGGGAGGAGGAGGAGGGGUCCCGGGCCCUGGCUCCCAUGUCCUAGCCGGCCGGCCUGCCCGCCCGCCCCCUUUGUUGCUGCCGGUCGCGCCCGUCUUCUUGGUGCCCCGGCCUGUGAUGUCGUGGAGGAGGGAUCCGGUGACGGGUAGGUGUAACUCCCGGCGGCAGCCUGCGCCGCAUACCACGCCGGUGGUGGUCAUCGACGAGGAUGAUGACGACGACGACGUGGACGACCUUGCCCUCGACUCUGAGGUUUUCAUUAUUGAUGAUGAGGAGGAGAUAGCCCGUGCAACGGCUGCGUGCAAUAGCAAGAAGGGAAACAGCUCUAGUAGCAAUGUGAUCAACAUAGAUGAUGAUGAUGAUGAUGGGGAGGAGGAGGAUGAGGGUCAUAGGGCUGGCCCCAGCAUGGCAGGCGACGGGUCUCCAGCGGCGACAACCCCCCCUGUGUGUGCUAGAAACAGAUAUGGGCUGGAUUAUGUUUAUGACAGCGAGCAGAGUGAUCUGUCUGGCGGAUCAGACUCUGAAUCAGACGGCGAUGGCAGCUCGGAUUGUGAGAUUCUCGAUGACACUGGGACUGCGCGUAAGGUUUGGGAGAAGGCUGCUUCAAGAAGAACCACGCUUCAUCAUCCCCCACAUGGAAAAGAUGGCAGGGCUAGUACUUCUCCAUCAAGCGCCGAGUCAAGUACACACUAUGAUGAAACUCCAGAGAACCUCUUCACUCCAGUGUGCCCUCUGGAUGAUGACAUCUUGAGAUAUUUUCGUGAUGCAUUUAACCCAGCUGGGCAAAGUAGUACAAAUGGUGCAAAACAUGGCGCUGGCCCUUCUUCAGUGCCUAAUGCCCAGGAAGGUCCGAUGGACAUUGAUUCCCAUGGAAAAGAAACUGAAGACCAUGAUCCCGCUUGCAGUUCAGAUCCUGAUAUGCCUUACAAGGGCCCUCUUCCUGAAAAAGCCCAAGAAAGGAGUCACCAUCCUCACCUAGAUGAAACCUUGAGACCUGAAGGGUAUACAAGCUGUAGCUUUGUCUCUCCAAAUAGGGUUUUUCCUGCAUACUCCUCAGCUGAUUGUAAAGGUGAUAGUCCUAUAUUUAUCAGCACUCCUGAAAGAAUGGAUGAGAAAAUAGCCGAAGGCAUAUCUUUAGCAAAGGAUGGACGGAGUGCGCACAGUGAAGCUGCCAAACAGAAGAAAAAGAUGUGCUUUACACCAGGUGCUGAUGAUUCUUGUAUGGAUCAACUCACAGAAGAUGCAGUUUUUACUGGCUUGAGACAAUCUGGAGAAUACUUUAAUAAGAAUGCUCCCACAAAUGAAGCAUCGGGGACUUGCUCCUUGCCUCAGAAGGAUUUGGUUAAAGAUCCUGAAAAGUUAGGACAAUCUUCUAUGGUAAUUGGCUGCCGUGAAAAGCACAAAGAAUCUGAUGAGUACAAAAGGGCACAAGAGGAGGAGUGGGCAUCCAGACAGCGUCAGUUAGCAAUACAGGCUGAGGAGGCAAAGGAGGCGAAGCGGCUACGAAAGAGAAAAAAGGCUGAAGCUUUGCGACUGGUUGACAUGGAGAAGAGACAAAAACAAAGAUUGGAAGAAGUCCGUGAAACACAAAGAAAGAGUGAAGAAACUAUACAGCUGAAGGAGCAGUGUCUAGGGGCGGUAAGAUUGGAGCUCGAAAUUAUUGAAAGGAGAUACACUGAUAUGGCUUCAAUAUUGCGUGCACUGGGCAUCCCUGUUGAAGGGGGUGAGGUCAAAGCUGCUUAUAAGCAAGCCCUCCUGAAAUUCCAUCCGGACAGAGUAUCGAGAAAUGAUAUUUAUGAGCAGGUCAAGGCAGAGGAGACGUUCAAGUUUAUCUCGCGCUUCAAGGAGAAGCUCAGGCUAUAGCUUCCCUGCUAUCAGUGAUAUAGCAGGAUUAACUUUUUGAUAGGCUGAAAUCUCGUCAGUGGGCCAAGCUCUGAAAUUAAUUGGCGCUGAACGUAUAACAGUGUAAUCCUUAGGAUUAGUGCGGAGCAUUCCUUAUCCAUCAUUUGAGCUUUUCUUUUCAGCGGUAUGUGCUCUGCUUAGCUUAAUGUUAUUCUAAGAUUAAUGCCGGGGAAAUGUUUAUAGAGGUGGCACAAGAAGGAUCGUUUUCACUGAUGACCCAUCAUUAGUACUAGUACUUUCUUCCCAUGAGAAACGAAGGACUGCUGGUUGUACGACUUGUUUCCCUGCAAUGAUUUUAGCAGUCAACUAUACCUGUAAUAUAAUAUAAGUGAAAACUGGUUAUUUCUUCUCCAA